CUCCCACUGAGACCCCAUGCACCAGCCCUUCAGUUCUGUGCCCAGAUACUACUUUAUGCAUCAAACCAACCCAGAUGUGUGAUGGAAUAAGAGACUGUCCUGAUGGAUUUGAUGAGAAAUGUUUCAACACAUGUCCCUCUGCCUCUGACUUCCGAUGCAAUGACCGUCGGGGCUGCAUUCCUCAAAGCAAAGUCUGUGACGGACGUUCUCAGUGCAUUGAUGGCUCAGAUGAGGCCAACUGUCCAAAUGGAGAAAUGGCUCCUAAACCUCUAGCAAAAGUCCUAAAAUGUCGCUUUGGCUCAAGACCCUGUAAAGAUGGGUUGAGAUGUGUCCUACUGAAUCACAUUUGUGAUGGAGAGGAAGACUGCCAGGAUGGAUCAGAUGAAGCAGAUUGUGGGACCAAUUCCCCAAUUCCUGUGAAAAAUGAGUAUAUGAAUGAAUCUCCUGAACCCAUCAAACUUAGUCCACCUACCACUACUCCACCAUGCACCAGCCCUUCAGUUAUGUGUCCAGGCUCAUCAAUUUGCAUUAAGGCAUCACAGAUCUGUGAUGGAAGAAGAAAUUGUCCUGAUGGUUCUGAUGAAAAUUGUGUAAAAAGAUGUCCCUCCAGCUCGGAUUUCCGCUGCAAAGAUCGCCGAAGCUGUGUCCCUAAAAGUCAAGUUUGUGAUGGCCGCUCUCAGUGCAAUGAUGGCUCAGACGAAGUUAACUGUUGGGUAGUGGAGCCUCCAACUAAGACAAAUACCCUAAAAUGUAGCAUGGGAUCCAGAAUGUGUCACGAUGGAACUGAAUGUGUCCUCUUCAGCCACGUCUGUGAUGGGGAAAGAGACUGUACUGAUGGAUCAGAUGAGGAAGGCUGUGAUGCUGCAGAAAGUUCUAAUGAAUCGUCAUCCCCCAACAAACCCUUCUGCAGUUUUCCUUCAGUUUUGUGUCCUGAUUCCAAUGUAUGCAUUAACCCGUCUCAGUUAUGCGAUGGUAUUCGAGACUGCCCUGAUGGAUCUGAUGAGAACUGUGUGAAACAGUGUGCGGACAAGACGGACUUUCUCUGCAAGGAUCGCAGGAGCUGUGUCGCUAGGAGUUUGGUUUGUGAUGGACGCUCUCACUGCUAUGAUGGCUCAGAUGAGGCAGACUGUGCUAGUGUAACUGCAGUGCCAUCAAAGCCAAAUAUCCUAAAAUGUCGCAUGGGCUCAAGGGCAUGUAAGGAUGGCAGUGAGUGUGUUUUAUUCAGCCAUAUCUGUGAUGGAGAGAUGGACUGUAUGGAUGGAUCUGAUGAAGAAGGAUGCAAAGAAACCUGCGAAGAAGGAGAGUUUCAGUGUGCCCAUGGGAAGAUGUGCAUCCCGGAGACUGAGGUCUGCGAUGGGAAGCCACAGUGUCGAGAUCACUCAGACGAAGUGGACUGCUGGCACCAAACCAAGGGCUGCGAACACCUUUGUGCUGAUGGCACACGAUGCAUCCCAAAGAAGUUUCUCUGUGAUGGAGAGCCAGACUGCCCAGAUGGAACAGAUGAACUGAACUGCGACCCUGAUCCAACAGAUUCCCCCUAUAUUGCAUCACCUUGCAUCACUCCUUCAGUUCUGUGCCCGGGCUCAUCUCUGUGCCUCUCUCCCUACCAACUGUGCGAUGGGCAAAGGGAUUGCCCUGAUGGAUUUGAUGAGCAGGGGUGCAUAGUUCAAUGUGAAAAUCCAGACGACUUCCUGUGCAGGGACCAGAGAAAGUGCAUCCCAAAGACUCAAGUGUGCGAUGGCCGUGCCCACUGUCCAGAUGGUUCAGAUGAGAAGCAGUGUCUAUCAGAAAUUACUCCCUCCUCCUCUCAUAAAGCACCAAACGCAAGACCAGAGCCUCUAAAGUGCCGUACAGGUUUCAAGCUGUGUAAAAACGGCCUGCAGUGCAUCAUGUACAGCCAUGUUUGUGAUGGUGAGCGGGACUGCCUGGAUGGGUCUGAUGAGGAGGAAUGUGAAAAGCGAUGCAAGCCAGGGCAGUUCCAGUGUUCCCAUGGCAGUAAAUGUAUCCAACAAGAGCAGAUAUGUGACGGACAGAAUGACUGUCAGGACCGUUCAGAUGAAAUCGACUGUUCAAAACCAAGUGAGAGCUGCGAACACCUCUGUGACAAUAAGACCCGCUGCGUUCCAACUACCUUCCUUUGUGAUGGGGAAAAAGACUGUGCUGAUGGUUCAGAUGAAGACAAAUGUGGUUUGUCAGUCUGUGCAUCUGGCCAGCAUCGCUGUGAGAGCGGAGAGUGUAUUUCUGAGGCUUUUAAAUGUGAUGGUUAUCCUGACUGCCGUGACCAUUCAGAUGAGGUGGGCUGUGUUAAAGCCCCUCGUUGCCCUGCGCAGCUUCGGUGCCCACAUAGCCAUGAAUGCCUGCAGAAAGAGUGGCUAUGCGAUGGAGAAGAAGACUGUAAAGAUGGCUCGGAUGAGAAGAACUGCAACAACCCUCCAAUGAAAUGCAGGAAGUACCAGUUUCAGUGUGAAGAUGGCGAUCUGUGUAUUCCUCAGUCCUGGAGGUGUGAUGGGAAGGAAGACUGCAACAAUGGAAUGGAUGAAGAUAAAUGUACCCAAAGGAAAUGCCCUUAUCACCUUUACCAGUGUGGCAGCAAAGAGUGUCUUGACACCAGGCUUGUAUGUAAUGGCAUCACCAACUGUGCUGAUGGCUCAGAUGAGGGCAGAGGAUGUGCUCAAAAAAACUGCUCUAGUCCUUCAGCUCCUAGCUGUGAUCACAGCUGUGUCAGCACCCCUAAUGGAGCGAGAUGUUACUGCGGUGCAGGUUUUAGGCUGCAGUCCAGCUCCAGGUCCUGUGUGGAUGUAGAUGAGUGCACUUCAACACCAGCUACUUCUUGUAAACACAUCUGCCAGAAUACCUGGGGAUCCUACAACUGUGUAUGCCACCCUGGCUUCUACCUUGAGCCAGAUAAGAAAAGCUGCAAGACGAAAGAUGAGCCUCUGCUUUUGGCAUCAGUGCAGUCUGAGAUGUUAAUCCUUGGAGUCCAGAGCGGUGAGCUGCAGCUUCUCUCCUCUGCUGUUCGACCAGUCUUCACUCUGGAUUACCACUGGGCACAGCAGAAAGUCUACUGGCUGAGCCCUGAUCAUCAGAGCAUCCGCUGGGCUGACAUGAAAACUAAAAACAAAGGGACUUUGACCAAAGGAGUGAAGUCUGACUCGAUUGCAGUGGACUGGGUUGGUAAGAAUCUGUACUGGAUAGACGGACUGGUUGGGCAGAUUUUGGCAAUGAAUCUCAGCAGCUCCACAGUGAAAUCACAGGACUAUACUGUAGUUCUUGGUGAAAACCUGGAGCAGCCAAGCUCACUAGUCCUGAUACCAGACAGGGGGUUGAUGCUGUGGUCUGAGAUUGGCAGCAUCCCUCAGAUCGAGAGUUCUGGGAUGGACGGUUCACAAAGGAAAGUGCUGGUGAGCCAGGACUUGAGCUGGCCAGUCAGUCUGGCCUAUGACUUCCUGGACAGCAGGGUUUACUGGGCUGAUGAGAAGCUGCGCUGCAUAGGUUCAGCCUCGCUGGAGGGGGAAGACAUAAAGAUCCUGCAGUUGACUGAGACUCCGAGCCCUUUUUCUGUGGUGGUUUUCAAUGACCGUGUGUUCUGGUCUGAUACCAAGAGAAGAACAGUUCGUUCAGCUGACAAGAAGACUGGCAAGGAUCAAAGGGUUCUUCUUAAGAGACCUGGGCAGCCAUUUGGACUGAAACUUAUGCAUGCCCUCUCCCAGCCAGCUGUUUCAAGCCCCUGUGAUCGGCUCCGCUGCUCCAGUCUCUGCCUUUUGACUCCCUCAGUAGGAAAAUCCAGCAGUAGAACAGCUGUAAAUGCUGCAGUUUGUCGCUGUCCGAAGGGGCUGCUGCUUUCUCAGGACGGAAUCACUUGCACUCUACCAAAAGAGUCAUCUUUUGUCCUGCUUCUGUCCCGUAACAAAAUGUUUCAGAUAUAUCUGCGCUCUAUGAGACGUGAUGGAAUCGCUCUUAAAAAAAUGCCGAAUGGAAGAGAUUUUAAUCUCCCAGGACCAGCCGAGGCCCUGAAUCUGGACGUUUCCAUCCCAGAUCUGUCAGUGUUUGUUUCUUAUUUAAGACAUGGAUCUGUGGACGUGCUAAAAUUCAGCAAUUCAAAGUCAAAACCAGAGCUGUUACUUGCUGGGCAAAUCCUAAAGUUACAGGAUGAUUCAAUAACUGCUUUGGCAGUUGACUGGGUGACUUCCAACCUUUACUGGAGCAGCCUGGAGAGACCAGAUAUACACGUGACUUCACGUCUUGAUGACCACACCACAUCUCUGCAGCAAGGACCUCUAAUUGGAGUUUCCUCCAUCACCGUCCAUCCUUCCUCAGGCAGGCUCUGCUAUUCUGCUAUAGUAAUAAUGGGGUCAAAGAGCCAGACUGAGAUCCAUUGUGCAUGGAUGGACGGCCGUUACAAAGUAGUGCUGUGGAGGAAGUCGAGCAUCCCCAUCUCAAUGACCUUUGCCAAUGAUGGAACCAGAAUCUAUUGGGGGGACACAGGUGAAGGAGUAAUAGGAUCUAUUGGAGUGGAUGGAUCGAACUACAAGGAAUACAAAACGGGGCCCCAGCUGCUCGUGUCUUUUACACGUAUUGAGACCCUUUUCGUUUGGGUCACUCAGAACAAAGAUGUCAGUAAAUUGUGGUUCAGUGAUGGACUUCAGCCUAAACAGUUGUGGUUUGAGUCAAAGACCAGGAUAACGGAAAUCCGAUCUUACAAUAAUGAAACCCAGGCUGGAAACAACCUUUGCUCAAAUGGGAACGGUGGAUGUGUCCACCUCUGCCUGCCCUAUCCAGGAGGACGGACUUGUAAGUGUGCACGGGGCUUCUAUGUUGUCAACGACACUUCCUGCGUCCCUCUUCCUUCCUGCCCCAAUGGAAAGGAAUCCUGCCUUGAUGGCAGCAAAUGCAUUAAGAGCAACAAGUUCUGUGAUGGGAGCAUUGAUUGUCCAGACCAGUCUGAUGAACGGAACUGUCCAGGUUCUGACUCGGCCUCAUCAGGGACCAAAGGUGGUGGUGGCCAAUCUCUGCAGUCUUCCUCUCACCAACCCGACACGCAGAAGAACUCUGUUCUGCCUAAUAAAGACUUGGCAUCGUGUGAUCUCCAGCGCUGCAAUGGCCAUGGCAGUUGCAUCACAAAGGGGGAAACCACUCGCUGCCAUUGUCUGCCGGGUUAUAAGGGAGAAUUCUGUCAGGAUACAAAAAGAGAGAGCCACCCGGCAGUCAUUCUGGUGUCCUUCUGUCUGGUCUCUGCGGUAGUAUUUGGUGCAUUUGUCUUCACCAAAAGGAGAGGAUGGGAGUACUUCAGAAGCAGAUCUUCAGAUAAAGAGAAGCUAAUGGCCAACAUGGCUCUUUCUGGCGAACAAGAAUCUGACUCGGAGGAGUUGGAGUCCUCUGUUGAUGUGACAAACCCCCUACAAUCAUUUAAGUGAAACUGCAAUUAAAACAACUAUUGAUUUGUUAUGAAAUAUGUAUGCAAUAAAUGUCUUAUCAAAGC